UUAAAUCACAAAUCUUCAACUUCCGAUACUUUCAAUCUCUCUAAACUCUCAAUUUCAGUAAUCGAUAACCGUAGCAAUGGAAUCCACCGGAAAAGUGAAGAAAGCUUUCGGAGGAAGAAAACCACCUGGUGCCCCAAAAACCAAAUCGGUUUCGAAAUCGAUGAAAGCCGGUCUUCAAUUCCCAGUGGGAAGAAUCACUCGUUUCCUGAAGAAAGGACGAUACGCUCAGAGACUUGGUGGUGGUGCUCCGGUUUACAUGGCCGCCGUUCUUGAAUACCUCGCCGCAGAAGUUCUGGAGCUUGCUGGUAACGCUGCGAGAGAUAACAAGAAAUCAAGGAUAAUUCCGAGGCAUCUUCUUCUCGCGAUAAGGAACGAUGAAGAAUUGGGGAAACUUCUGAGUGGUGUCACAAUCGCUCACGGUGGUGUUUUGCCUAACAUCAACUCUGUUCUAUUGCCUAAGAAGUCUGCCACUAAACCAGCUGAAGAAAAGGCUACCAAAUCACCAGUCAAGUCUCCAAAGAAAGCUUAAUCUGCUAGAGUUUUCGUUGCUAGUUUGUGUUUGAGCUCUGGUGAAUGUAGAAAUUUGAAGCUUUUGGAUCUUAGUUUCUAUGUAUUUGGUGAUUUAGAAUGUUGUUCAAAAUCCUUUUCCUAAUCAUAAGAAUUUAUGAUCUAUCUAUUAUACGCUUCGUCUAAUCUUUUGGUCCACUCGUCGUAAUGUCAUUAGUGAAUAUUUAAUAAACAACUUUGUCAUCGACAUUAACGAACCCUUUUAUUCGCUGU